CCAAUCAGUCUUAAAACCGCCUCUGUCACUCCCAUCCUUAAAAAGGUGGGUUUGGACCCUGUUGACCUCAGCAACUAUCGGCCGAUCUCCAACCUCCCUUUUAUCAGCAAGAUCCUUGAGAAAGCAGUUGCUGCCCAGCUCCAUCAUCACCUGUCCAACAAUGACAUCUACGAAACCUUUCAAUCUGCCUACAGGGUUCACCACAGCACAGAGACCACCUUGGUUAAGAUCACAAAUGACCUCUUGAUGGCUGCUGACUCUGGUUGCAUCAGUAUCCUGGUUCUGCUGGACCUGACCACAGCUUUCAAUACUGUUUCCCACUCCAUCCUUCUCAACUGCCUUUCUACCCACCUUGGUCUCACCGGUUCUGCACUGUCCUUGUUUUAUUCCUACCUAUCCAACAGGAAACAGUUUGUCACCUUCAAUGGAUCCAGCUCUCACCCUGCCCCAGUUAACCAUGACUACGUUUACAUGCAGUCAAUAACCCUUUCAUAACCGGAAUAUUAGCAAUAACCCAGUUGCGCACGGCCAUGUAAACACCAUGAAAAACCGGAAUAUGCUCAUAUUCCGGUUUUUAAAAACCCGAAUAUGACCCCUGGGUUACUCCUUUUCUAACCCGAAUAUUUGGUCAUGUAUACGCCUGUCGGAAUAUCCCCAUUGAACGGAACAUUAAUUUGAGUUCUGCGCAUGUUCUAUUCGCAAGGAAUCUUGGUCUUUUGAGUGCAGGAACUACUUGUUGAUAACAUGGCGAAACGGAGGACACCACACUUUUGGAGCGAGGAGGAGACAAGUCACCUGGUAAAUGUGGUGAAAUAUAUGAAUAUCAUGUCAUUUGUAGACGGUAGAAAGUACCGGGACAGCGAAAUAUACAAGAAAGUGAGCGAAAAGUUACGCGAAGCAGGGUUUGUAUGAACGCCAGACCAGAUCAAGCACCGCUGGAAGACGCUGAAAAAGGCGUACUACAAGGCCAAGAGGCAAAACGCUACUAGCGGGUCCGACCCAUCUACCUUCCCCCAGUUCGACAUAAUGGAUGAGAUUUUCGGGCAAAGACCCAUUACUACUGCCCAAAACAGCGGGGUUGAUGUCGGCUUUGAGGAUGAACAAGAACAACCUGAUGAAAGCGACCAAGGUAGGUCAGCUAACGUUAGCUAGCUCACCUUAGCUGAGUAAGUUAGCUAGCAAACUAACGUCAGUAAUAAAAAUUGUACACAUUAGUUACCACAACUGCUGCCUCUGUCUGUUUUGUAACUGCCUGCCUGCCUAGUACAUGCCUCAUUGUUCAAUCUGUUGCAUGUUAUGUGUUUAAGUAUAUGUUACAACAUAUAUCUGGCCAGGGACUGUGAAUGAAAACUAGCCUUUUCCGGCAUGUUUACAGGUCACUUAUUAUGCACUGUACCUGACAAAUAAACAAAUAAGGAAAAUAAACAUCAAAGUAAUAUAAAUGAAUGUUAGUCAGUCUAAAUGAGUGUCAAGCCCAAACCCGUGUCCCCCCCACUGUUCUGACUUCUGAUUUUUGCUACUUGGCAGAGGGUGAUGUAGACCUUGGAGAGCCAGCCACCCCUGUGUCUACAGCAAGCAACGUAACAAGUGGAAGUGGCUCACUUGAUCUUGAAGAAGAUGAUGAUAACGAAGAGAAUGGAGCAAGUGGACUUUCUACACAGCCAUCCAAUGCCACUGCACCUCCUCAGUCUACACAGCCAUCAAAUUCCACUGCGGCUACUCCGGGUGGGUCAAGUCGCAGGUCCAGGCCCCGUGGGACUACUUCACUUUCUCAACAACAAGAGUUCAUGGAGAGAAUGCAGCACGCACAGAACCAAUGGAUUGAGCAGCAGAGGCAGUUGAGCCACGCUAGGGAUGACGCACUCAUGUCUCGACUGAUCACUGAAACAAGCCGCUCAAUGGGAAUGUUAGUCUCCCAACUACUGACAGGGUUAGGUACCCUAUUGCAGCAGCCAUUUCAGCCCCAGCCUAUGUUUACUCCGUCUCAGCCUCAGCCAAUGUAUACCCCGUACAACAACACUUACGACAACUAUGGGCUUCCCCCUCCUCCCCAUCGUAACCCAUACCCAAACACACCUCAGUCUGAAGGUGAAGCUGACGUUGGUGACCAAGGUUUGAGAUUCUGCCAACUCCGGUAGUGCCCCACCUCCACAUCGUAACCCAUACCCAAACACCUCAGUCUGAAGUGAUCGAGGUUUGCUAAAAAAUGACCAAGUUUUGAGAAGGUUCGAUCUACCUCAUUUAUGAUUGUUGGGACACUAGUUUCACAGUUUUGUUGUUCUGCUGUUAUUCCAUAAUGGCCGUUGCACUUCUCCUUACACUUGAAAGUAUCUUUGUACGUUUUUUUACACGUACACUUAAAAGUAUUUUUGUAAAAUGUUUACAUGUUGCACCUUAUUGUAUUUUUUUAUUAGAAAACAUUUUCUGAAGCACUUUGUUCCACACAUUUGAAAAUAUUCUGCAACAAGUUGCUCCAUAUUUUUACUGCAACUACAAGUUGCCCCUUAUUUGUACCUCAUUGUAAAAACAAAACCAGAGUUAUUUUUAUGUGAAAAUAUUUUAUUUGUAUUACAAACUUUAAAUAAAAGUUACUUGAAACUUUACAUGUAUUGAACUUCUAUUAGAAAUUGUAAACAAAACUUUGAGAUACUCUCUUCUUCUCCUCUGUCUCUCAUAAGUAGUGAGCAACAAACUUUGUGAAGCUAGUUUCAUACACACUCCAGAACAGAUAAACAUUGGAAGACCCUCAAAAAAGCCUACUACAAUGCCAAGUAACAAAUCAGUAGCUUAGAUCCAUCUAC